AUGUCUUCAUUCUUCUUCCACUUGAAGCUUGAGCUCUACUCGACGCCCGCAGAGAACAAACGCCGCAAGCUGCAACAUCAUCACCACCACCGACGGAGCGACAUCUUUACACCUCCAUCUGGCGCAGACAUCUUCAAGACCGACUUUCCUGCCCACCGCAAGGGCCAGUGGACGAGCUACAGCUUCUCCAAGCGAUACCGCGAAAGCAUUGCAGAGCCUACAACACCACUCGGACACAUAUCAGGUUCAGACCGAUCACGUUCACCCCAUCAACCAUUGUCACCACCGAGUGGAAAUCACGAGUCACAUGGUGACGCUCUACUGCUGCCAGAGCGUAGUCUGAGACUCAGGAAAGAGGCGCCUCCAUCACCGAGAUUGCAUUCAACAGCGCGGCAUUCGAACCAGGCGGCAGCAAGAGACUGGCGAUACGACGCCGUAGAAAUCGAGAGCAUCGACAUGGAGAUCAGCAAAGCUAAGAGCACUGCGAAUGGCGGCUUACAUACCAAGGCCGUGUACAUACCAUCGGAACCGAAGACCACCGAUGUAGGUUUUGGUGUGGUGCACCUGUAUCGAGAUGCAGAGGAAUCUUCAGCCUUGGAUGAGACUGCGGUGCCCCGAAAAAGCCUGGACAGGAUCGCCAAGACAGUAGAUGACGGGUCCGAUACAUUCAGCCGGGAUGAUUGCACCACACUCUGCAUACUUGCGGUGCCGUCGUGGAUGAUGCCCUCUGAUUUGCUGGGCUUUGUGGGCGAUCAAGCGAGAGAAGAUGUGUCGCACUUUCGUCUGAUCAGGACCGGAAGGGCCAACAAGUAUAUGGUUCUGCUGAAGUUCAGGUCAGCGAAGAAGGCUCGCGACUGGCAGAAGCUGUGGAAUGGGAGGCUCUUCAGCGCUGCAGAGCCGGAGAACUGUCACGUCGUCUUCAUCAAAAGCGUCGAAUUCUUGAGUCCAGGCCCAGACGUUGUCGCAGGAAGCAAGUUCCCGCAUAACACCAACGAUCCAUUCACUGCCGUUGCGAGCACAAACGGGUCUGGCAAGGGCAUGCUAAGUAAGCCUCUCGCGCCUCCACCACCAAAUCUGCUGGAACUGCCCACCUGCCCAGUCUGCUUGGAGCGCAUGGACGAGACGACUGGUCUACUGACGAUCUUGUGUCAACACGUCUUUCACUGUGCUUGUCUCGAAAAAUGGCGAGGGUCAGGUUGCCCGGUAUGCCGAUACACGCACUCCCCUUCGUAUACGUUCCCGUAUCCGCGACCCACGGAUGAUGUCGAUGGCGAGCGCGAAGAUGCGGACCCUCUGUGCUCAACCUGCGCAGGCACUGACAAUCUCUGGGUCUGUCUCAUAUGCGGCAACAUAGGCUGCGGCCGCUACGAUGAAGCACAUGCUUACGCUCACUAUGAAGCCACCAGCCACUGCUACGCCAUGGACAUCAACACACAGCAUGUUUGGGACUACGCGGGUGAUGGCUACGUGCAUCGGUUGAUCCAGAGCAAGCCAGCUCCAGAGUCAAGUGGUAGAAGCAUGAUCGAUCUGCCGACUCGGCAACGACACGAGAAUGAAGCAUUUCGCGCGGAAGGUGGCGAUAGUGUGCCAAGAGAGAAGAUGGAGAGCAUGGCGUCAGAGUACACCUACCUCUUGACGUCCCAGCUCGAAGGCCAACGCCGUUACUUUGAGGAGCAAGUAGAACGUGCCGUCGACAAAGCGUCCCGGGCAUCAGCGCGUGCAGAAGAAGCUGCCGCAUCUGCAAGCAAAGCCUUCGCUCAGCUCGAGGAAGCACGCUCGGACCGCCAAACUAUGAGCGAGACACUGGCACGAGUAGAGAAAGCCCUCGAAAAGUCCGAGAAGACUCGAGGGAAAUUCGAGCAAAUGGCGCGAGACAUGUCGUCUCAGCUGCGAGAGGAGAAGACGAUGAAUGAAGGGCUGUUGCAGAGGAUCAAAGCGGCGGACCAGCAGGCGGAAGAGGCGAAACAUGCUGCGGCUAAAGCUGUCGAGGAGAAGAAGGAGUUGGAGGAGAUGAAUCACGAUUUGUCCAUGUUCAUCUCGAGCUCGCAGAAGGUACAGGAGUUGCAAGCUGCGGGGGAGGAAGUGGUGGAUGGGAGUGUGAGUGUGCCGGACCCACCGCCCGCGAAGAAGGGGAAGGGGAAGGGGAGGAAGAAGUGA